AUGGCCGAUUACAAAUUUUUUGAUCCUCUUUCUUUAAUUCUAGAACAAUAUGAGGACUUAAAUGAAGAAAACGAAGUAAGCUAUGAUAGUCCAGAUCAUUCAAGUCAGCCUUCAACUUCACAAAAUAAGACUACCCCACUAUCAGAAAUAGACAGAACCAUUUGUCAAGCUUGCAAUAUUAACAAGUGGAAAUAUAAGUGUCCAAAAUGUGAAUUUCACUCAUGCUCUUUACCAUGUUCAAAAUUACAUAAAGAAACAUAUAAUUGCGAUGGCGUAAGAUCAAAAACCAGUUAUAUAGCACUAGAUGAAUACGGAUAUAAAGAAUUGAUGAGUGAUUAUGUCUUUCUCGAAGAUACAUCACGUGCAGUGGAUUUAGCGCAUCGUACAAGAAUUGAUCAAAGACAUAAAUUUCGACGAAAGUACAAUAAUAACUCAAAAAACCGACAAACUUAG